AUGUUUAGAUGGCUUAAAUGGCUAAGAUUCCCAUCUUUAAAUAGCCCAAGAUUCCAAUCUUUAAAUGGCUUAAGAUUCCCAUCUUUAAAUGGCUCAAAAUUCCCAUCUUUAAAUUAUUCAAAAUUUCCAUCUUUAAAUGGUUCAAGAUUCCCAUCUUUAAAUGGCUCAAGAUUGCCAUCUUUAAAUGGUUCAAGAUUCCCAUCUGUAAAUGAUUCAAAAUUCCCAUCUUUAAAUGGUUCGAGAUUGCCAUCUGUAAAUGAUUCAAGAUUCCCAUCUUUAAAUAGUUCGAGAUUCCCAUCUUUAAAUUAUUCAAAAUUCCCAUCUUUAAAUGAUUCAAGAUUCCCAUCUUUAAAUGGUUCAAGAUUCACAUCUUUAAAUGGUUCAAGAUUCCCAUCUUUAAAGGGUUCAAGAUUCCCAUCUGAUUCAAGCUUCCCAUCUUUAAAUGAUUCAAGAUUCCCAUCUUUAAAUGGUUCGAGAUUCCCAUCUUUAAAUGGUUCAAAAUUCCCAUCUUUAAAUGAUUCAAAAUUCCCAUCUUUAAAUGGUUCAAGAUUCCCAUCUUUAAAUGAUUCAAGAUUCCCAUCUUUAAAUGAUUCAAGUUUCCCAUCUUUAAAUGGAUUCACAAUUCCCUUCUUUAAACGAUUCCCAACUUUAAAUGGCUCAAGAUUCCCAUCUUUAAAUUGUUCAAGAUUCCCAUUUUUAAAUGGCUCAAGAUUCCCAUCUUUAAAUGGUUCAAGAUUCCCAACUUUAAAUGGCUCAAGAUUCCCAUCUAUAAAUGGCUCAAGAUUCCCAACUUUAAAUGGUUCAAGAUUUCCAACUUUAAAUGGCUCAAGAUUCCCAUCUCUAAAUGGCUCAAGAUUCCCAUCUUUAAAUGGUUCAAGAUUCCCAUCUUUAAAUGGCUCAAGAUUCCCAUUUUUAAAUGAUUCAAGAUUCCCAACUUUAAAUGGCUCAAGAUUCCCAUCUUUAAAUGGUUCAAGAUUCCCAACUUUAAAUGGCUCAAGAUUCCCAACUUUGAAUGGCUCAAGAUUCCCAUCUUUAAAUGGUUCAAGAUUCCCAUCUUUAAAUACUUCAAAAUUCCCAUCUUUAAAUGGUUCACGAUUCCCAUCUUUAAAUGGUUCGAGAUUCCCAUUUUUAAAUGGUUCAAAAUUCCCAUCUUUAAAUGGUUCACAAUUCCCAUCUUUAAAUGAUUCAAAAUUCCUAUCUUUAAAUGGUUCAAAAUUCCCAUCCUUACAUGGUUCAUGA